AUGUCUUCUACUCACAAUAACAUGAGCUGGUUUGCCAACAUGCCACUCGCAAGUGUCGCCGAUUUUAAAAACGCUGCGUGGCUUGAUCUUGCGCUUACAAGAAAGUUCGUCGGUGAAAAGCCAUUGAUGCAACUUGACUGGCUCAACCUUGAAGUGAAGUCCGGUAGAAAUAAGCCAUUGGGCCAAAAUUUCGCGGUAGUUCAAGCAGUAGCUCGCAAGCAAGUCGCCACAAAGUUUUCAUUGUUUCCCGAACUUCCUACCGAAUUGCAAAACAAAAUUUGGGUUAUGGCAUCGUUGAAAUGUUCUCGUUUUAUCUCAAUCGUCGAGGAAAAUGUCGAUGUUGCCACACAACCUGAUGCUGACCAGUAUAGAGUCAUCGGAGCCACGCGCCCAAGAUUUUUAUACACUUGUAAAGCUGCUGUAUCUGCCAUGGUUGGCAUCUAUAUACCAAUGUUUCAGCUUGAUGCGAGCAAGUACCAUGGCACCAAAAAGGGCGUUAUGGUGAAUCCAGCCAUCGACAUCAUCGAUUUUGUAUCUCUUCUCAACUUUCAGACGCCCCCACUAGAUUAUGUCGGGGCCCUUUUGAAUCCUGGAGAGCUCUCUAUGAUUCGUAACAUUUGCCUGCCUAUGCAGGAAUUCCACGACAAUUUCCAGGCUGUUGCCCGAGUUAUUCGCAACCUACCUUUACUUGAAACUGUGGUCGUUGAGACUGAGCAAGUCGAUCCAACACUUUCCAACACUCUCCAAAUUGAAUUUGUGUUCGCAGACAUUCAUUACGCUAGACCUAACCGAUCACCACGCACUGAGAUGACCAUAAUGGUCAUGUAUGGCGGUCUCCAUUUUAUCGGUGCACAGGCUAUCGGUAUACUUUUCAAUGACGUUACCACCUUGACUCAUCAAGCUGGCAUCCUUGAGUCGUUGGCGAAGGUAAAUCUAAUGAUGCGACAGGAGUCGAACUUUCCAGACAAGGUCCUUGCCUCUUUCAUCUAUCGUAAUCACUGA